AGGGAAGGGAGUGUGGGAGAGCGAGCCUCUGUUCCGGCGUGUGCGUGUCGUGUAUGUGCGAGCGCGCGGGUGCGUCGGACAAAGAGAGGCUGAGACUUUCUCCUCAGUUCUUCCUCCUCGCAGUGGAGCACCGCGACUCCUUUUUUUUUCUCUCGCUUUCACAUUUUCUUUUUCAUCUUGUGGUGAAAGGUGUCGUCACCGUCGUCCGCCAUGUUGUCCCAGUUCAGCUUGCCGUUCUUGGUCCUGUUCCUGCUGCCGCCAGCGAGCUGCCUUCCGUCGCCGGCGCGGCCGCCCUCGCGCUACUGCCGCCGAUGCUGCGACCACUUGGAUUCUCAGGCUUUGGGCUCCGCCCCCUACUACCGCCCCGCCGAGGUCCGCACCGUGGUCAACAUGACCAUCCUCAAAGGCGAUAAAGGCGACAGAGGGGACAAAGGUACGCACGGCAAGCCCGGCGCCGAAGGCCUCACGGGCCCGCCGGGCCCGGCGGGCCCCCAGGGCAUCAAGGGCCAAGCGGGCGCCCCGGGGGACCCUUGCAAGAACCCGCGCGCCGCCUUCUCGGUGGGCCGGCGCAAGUCCCUGCACAGCGUGGACUACUACCAGCCGCUGGUGUUCGACACGGUCUUCGUCAACCUGCACGAGCACUUCAACAUGUUCAAGGGCAAGUUCUACUGUUACGUGGCCGGCGUCUACUUCUUCAACCUCAACGUGCACACGUGGAACUUCAAGGAGACGUACCUGCACCUCAUGCGCAACCAGGAGCAGCAGGUGAUCCUGUACGCCCAGCCCAGCGAGCGCUCCAUCAUGCAGAGCCAGAGCGUCAUGAUGGACCUGCAGCCGGGCGACGAGGUCUGGGUGCGCCUCUACAAGCGCCAGCGCGACAACGCCGUCUACGGGGACGACGUGGACAUUUACAUUACUUUCAAUGGAUACCUGCUGGCCCCUGCCGGACAGUGAGGAGCCCUUGUCGCGCUGGACUCAACCUGAUGGAAAAACGCCGUCAAACUACCCAAAGGUGGCACGUGCGGCCUAAUAUGUGCUUUGCACGGUAAAUAAACCACUUUCUUGGAAAAAAAAAAAAUCUCUUGGAAUUUUUUUUUUACUAAAAAUGUAAA